CGAAACCUCCCCGGAAUGCCAGAUCCAGAUGCGGAGGUGAUUGCUUUGUCCCCAAAGACUCUCAUGGCCACGAAUCGAUUUGUAUGCGAAAUUUGCAAUAAAGGGUUUCAACGAGACCAGAAUCUACAGCUCCAUCGUAGGGGUCACAAUCUUCCAUGGAAGCUCAGACAGAGGUCAAGUAAAGAGGUAAGGAAGCGAGUGUAUGUGUGUCCUGAGCCAACCUGUGUUCAUCACGAUUCUUCGCGAGCAUUGGGCGAUCUCACGGGGAUCAAGAAGCAUUUCUGCAGAAAACAUGGCGAGAAGAAGUGGAAGUGCGACAAGUGUUCGAAGAAAUACGCAGUUCAGUCUGAUUGGAAGGCUCACUCGAAGAUUUGUGGAACCAAAGAGUAUAGAUGUGAUUGUGGGACUUUAUUCUCAAGGAGGGAUAGCUUUAUCACACACAGGGCGUUUUGUGAUGCAUUAGCAGAGGAGGCUGCAAGAGCACAGCCAGUGGUGGCACCUCCAACUGCAGAUGAGGACCCUAAACAACAGGCGGUUGCACCACCACCACCACCACCACCACCACCACCACCACAACCGUCAGCACCACCACAGGAAAUUCCUCAGUCAACUGCUGUGAUAUCUUCGGAUUUGUCAAUUCAAAGCCCAGAAUUGCCAGACAAUCCCAAUCCCAAUCCUAAUGCUACGCAGAUGUUAGAGGGUACACCCGUGGCAACUGGCUUAGCUGUAAGCUGUAGCAAUAACAGUAGCUCAAGCAGCCAUGGAAGUACCAGUAGCACUGUGUUUGCAAGCUUGUUUGCUUCAUCAACAACUUCAGGAAGUUCACAGCUUCAAUCAACUGGAUUUACUAACUUAAUUCGAUCCAUGGCUCAUCCUGACCACACACUGGGCCUGGCUCCAUCGUUGUCUAUGGAACCCAUAUCUCUUUGCCUUGCAACAAAUCAAGGGUCAUCAAUUUUUGGGACUGCAGGGCAAGAGCGUCGGCAGUACGCACCUCCACCACAGCCAGCAAUGUCUGCAACAGCACUGUUACAGAAGGCCGCACAGAUGGGUGCAGGAGCAACAAAUGCAUCAUUGUUGAGGGGGUUUGGAAUUGUCUCAUCUUCUUCAUCUUCUGUAGGGAAGCAAGAGUGGAAUGGGAGACAAAUUGAGCCGGAGGAUGCAUCAUUGGCAGCAGGGCUUGGCCUUGGGCUGCCCAGUGAUGGGGAGUCUGGUUUGAAGGAAUUGAUGAUGGGGACUCCCUCGGUGUUUGGUCCCAAGCAUACCCUUGAUCUUUUUGGGUUGGGGAUGGCUGCUGGUGGUGGUCCAACUGAACUAUCGGCACUAAUGACCACAAUCAGUGGUGGCGUUGAUGUUGCUGCAGCUGCAGCAUUUGGUGGUGGAGAAUUCACCGGCAAAGCCAUUGGAAGGAAUUCAUGACAUUAGAGAGCUGUGAAAUUCAGACUACCACAGAGCAUUAGUUGCUCCAAUUGGAAGGGGGGAGAUCUAUACUGUAGAUGCCAGAUGGCCAUGGGGUAUUGAAUAAUCGGUGGCACAGCAGAAACAUUUGGUGAGACAACAUUAAUACUUCCUAAUGCCCUAAUGGAGGUAGGCAUUGAGACCUUAGGCAGUUGAGCCUUUUUCCUAUUUCAUCUGCUGCCUUUCAUGUUUCUAUUUGAUGUAUUCGUAGCUUAAAGAUCCAGAAACCUUUUCUUCUCCAAUGCGUAAUGUGGGUGUCACUGUAUGUGGUAUAUAUGCAUUGAAUGUGAGAUUGGUAAAAUUUAGAACCGUUGUUAAAAUUAGUUUAUGAUUUGCUGAUAUGGAUUUGUAUACCUGAGUUGUUUCAUUUUACCAAGCUCGAGCUUCCGAGUCUAUGGGUGUCGAUGUUCAUAUUUGGACUGCAUGGAUUGUGGAUUCUAGUAUUAUAAUUGAGUUGGG